CAAUAAUGCUCAAAAUCGUAUGGUAACAAACAGAAUUAUUAAUAAAAAAUCAUAGCGCAUAUAUGUAUUCAUCAUAUCGUAAAUUUAAAUUUGGCGCACACAGGAAAAGGAUGCGCGCGCAGUAAUAUGUAGCCAAACUAUUCCCUCUCUUUUUCUCCGCCAUAAGUAAAGACCGAUGCUAAACCGUCAAAAUACUUUGUCACAAAAAAUGAUUGAAAAAGAAGAACAGAAUACUGAAACUAACGAAGAAAAUGUAACAUUAAACUUUUCGUCGCCGGAGAAUCAAAAAGCACGUGCUUUUUUACGAGAACGUUUCCUACGUAUAAUAACUGGUAUUGUCGGAAAAAAAGCCAAAUUUAAUUUGUAUGAAAAUUCACACGUAACUGGUGAAUUUCGUGGCUCUGACGUAGACUGCCUGGAAUUAUUUGUGCGAAACUUGGAGACCCCGCUUGGAAUAAUUCCAGAAGCUAUUCUCAGAACAAACGAUAUUAUCUCCAUGGAAGUUGAGAAUAUUAUUAAUAAUUAAUACUAAGAUUAUUCUA